CGGCAACUGUUUGUUAGCUACUUUCAAAUCGCGAUGUCUGUCCGGGCAGCAUCUCAAUGCAGCUGGGGACGCCCUGCCAUGCAUCUCUCUGAUGGGACUGGCCGGGAUUGGUACAUUCUUGGAGAUGCGCGAUUUAAGAACGGACGGUGGACACCUCCUGUCAAGCCUUUUGGACGGAGCAGUUCCAGCACAGAGGAGCCCCGGAAGACAAUGCCAAGCUGCAGGAUCUCUUCUGAGAAGCGAUUGCAGACUCUGUCGACGUCAAGGAAUGUCCGGCCGAUGCCACCCAAAGCAGUUAUUGAACGAUGGCGGCAUCAGGCAGAUACUGCGAAUGCCUUGUCGCAGACCCCAAGCAUGGAUGUGGACCCUGCUGUGCGGCUACCAGAAGCACCCGUGGACACGUACUCACAUUUUUCGGAUACGCGAAUGGUCCGUCGCUUGGCAUUCAGAAUUCUGCAUUCUGCCUAUAGGUGGGCAACCACGACUCACACUCAUCGGGGCUACGGGAGUUCUGUCCUGAGGGCAACGCCACGCAGUUUCACAGCAAGCCGCCAAACAAAACUGCGGCUCACAUUAAGCAGAUCUUCGCACCAUGACAUUGGUCUAUGUAUUGGGUGGAAGCGACAUGGAAGACAUAAUAUGUAGGCAUGUAGAAGCGCCGAGAAGCCUCCAGCAGCCUGGCGUGAUUUGUUUCACUGGCCACAAGGCCCCGAAAAAUCAUGCCCCGUUUGGGUAAUCGGCACGUGUGAGAUUCCUGGCUAGCUCAGAAGCAAUGGGAAACGCACAGGUCAAGGAAAAAAGUGAGUCUCGG